AUGAUUGGCCGUUCCUUUACUCCAGUGAUUUCCUGUAAAUUAAUUGGCCUUAGAGAGGCUCUGGCUAUGGCUAUGAACAUUGGCGGCAUUAGCCGUGAUAAUAGUGGAGCGGUGGAGCACGGGCAGCUAUCGGCUAUAGACCACCGUCGCGGCCGGUUAUGGCCGCUAAUUCCGACCGCUCUACUGCUAACGGUCUCAUCAAGUCUAUUACCACUCUUCAGGAAGGUCAGCUUCACUUGUGUUAAUUGCACUGAAUUGGAGCGCUUGGCAAUCGCUGGCCCUCUUAUUGUUAUGUCACAGUAA